AUGACCGAGGCAAAGACAUACCUAAAUGAAGAGGAUUUCCGAAAAGGUACACUAGAAACCGUGGUACCCAGCCUUAAAGCCCUAGACCGCGAAAUGGGCGCCGACGCCUGGAUAGUGACAUUCGCACCAAUCCGCAUAAUAGCAGCAGGCGGCUUCCUAUCAGUGUCGUACCUCAAAAACCGCGACAGCACCGGUGACAUAGACUACCUACUCGACCCAGAGGUAUCGGACAACGACGACCUACAAAGCUCACUCCACCAAACAAUCCGCACCGUAGCGCGCAAGAUGGACUACAACCACAAGUGGAUAAAUGAAGACAUGGCGAUAUUCGUGACCAAGCGCAGUCGCGAGACGCUAUUCGAACAGGCGGCUAAGCAGGGCAUUACGCUGUUUCGGGGGAAUAAUUUGGAGAUUCUUGCUGCGCCGUUGGAGUGGGCGCUUGAGAGGAAGUUGAGGAGGAUUCAUGCUGCUGAUCGCGGGAGGAAGACGGAGUGUGACGUUGUUGAUGCGCUUGCGCUGUUGAGGGAGUUGAGGGUUAGGAAUGCGGGCCCGUUGGAUGAGGAAGAGGUGAGGAAAAUGAAUGUUAAUGGGUUUGACGUUCUUCCUGGUUGUGAGACUAUGCAGCGGGUUAGACGAGAGUAUCGGUUCAUGUAUAAUGAGGAAAUUUUCAGUUAG